AUGGAAACAUUGUCGUUUGAAUCAGAAUCUUUAUCAAAAUAUGACAGUCACGUAAGGUGCAUUGAGAGCGAGAGAGACGCUCUGCUGGUGUUUAGACAAAGUGUUGCAAAUGAAUACGAUCAGCUUCAAUCGUGGAAGAAGGAAGAAAAUGAUUGCUGCGAAUGGAAAGGUGUUGGCUGUGAUAAUCACACCGGUCAUGUAACUCACCUUUAUCUUUCUUCUCUUAUUCAACCAUCUUAUUACUUAGAAACAACUAAUGCUCGUGUCAGUGUCAGUAAUUUGUUGCUUGAUUUAAAAUAUCUUAACUACCUGGACCUCAGUAGCAAUAUCUUCGUAGGGAUUCCCAAAUUCAUUGGUUCUCUCACUGAGUUAGUACACCUUGAUUUAUCAGAUACUUGCAUAGGGGUAUCAGAAUUAUCACCUUGGAUAGGGGGAUCAAUUCCCGAGCAGAUUGGGAACCUGUCUAAGUUGCAGUAUCUAAAUCUUAGUAAUUCUUGUACGGGGGGUCCUAUUCCAAAGUUUAUUGGCUCACUCCACAGCUUAAAAUACCUUGAUCUUUCCAACUGUGGCUUUGAUGGAGUUGUCCCACAUGAGCUUGAAAACCUCUCCAACUUGCAGCAUCUUGACCUGAGUUGGAAUUAUCUAACACCAAAUGGAAACUUUAGUUGGUUGUUUAAUUUAACUUCUUUGGCACAUCUUGCCUUGAGUGGUAUCGACAUCACUCCUCCCGGUAUUUGGGUAAGCUUCAUUCAAAGGAUCCCUUCCAUAUCCAUUUUACGUAUAGAGGGAUGCCAUCUUUUGUCUCCAUCUUCUACUUUAAGUAAUUUUUCAUCUUCUAUUUCUGCUCUUUAUCAUAGAGAUAAUCUUAUCAAUUCCUCCAUCGUUUAUUGGCUCUCCCACAAUACUUUCAGCCUGGAAGUACUUGACCUGCAUGAUAACAUGUUAGAAGGUGCAAUUCCACAGUCGUUUGCUCAGUUGACUGCUCUUACUGAUCUAAAUCUUGGCCAGAACAUCUUGAGCGGCCCAAUUGCAAACACUUUGCCUCUUAUGACUACUUUAACCAAACUGGAUCUCUCUGCAAAUCAACUUACUGGUGAUCUUCCAAAAUCAAUUUGUAAUUUAUCCAGAUUGCGAUCUGCAGAUUUCAGUUCCAACAAUUUCACUGGGAACCUUGAAGAUCUUUUAUCUGGACAUUUAUCUCAUUUGCAAGAGUUGUCAUUGUAUAAAAACCAACUCACUGGUUCGGUUCCUGAUAUUACACUACUUUCAUCCCUCAGAGAGUUAGAUGCCAACUCUAAUCAGUUAAAUGGAUAUUUACCAAUAGUUUUUAAACACCAUUCAGUGUUACAAAUCUUGGAUUUGUCCAAUAAUCAGCUUAGAGGCUCUUUGCCAAAUUUUACAAGAUUUUCUUCCUUGUGGUCGUUAAAUCUUUCUGACAAUCAGUUUUCAGGGGGUCUUCCUGAUUUUACUGGGUGUUCAGCUUUGCAAGUAUUGCGACUUGAUAAGAAUCAACUCACAAAGUGGGAGACUCGGUCAACUGGGCUGCUCUCCAGUCUUCGAGAGCUGGACCUUUCAAUGAAUUCCAUCCACAGUACAAUCUUUGAAGUACAUUUGUUCAAUCUUUCCAGGUUAGAGUACAUACGUACAUCAUUCAAUUCUCUGACAUUUGAGUUUACUUCGAAUUGGCUUCCUCCUUUCCAACUCUGGGAACUUUCUGUGACAUCAUGCAAGCUGGGGCCAAAAUUCCCUAACUGGAUUCGCAACCAACAACACAUUGUUCAUCUUGAUAUCUCAAACAGUCAAAUUUCAGAUAACAUCCCUAUCUGGUUUGGUAACCUCUCCAGUAUAAUGAAGUUGUUAAAUCUAUCUUCUAACAAAAUUAGGGGUGAAUUCUCCUUUAAUUUUGAUCAACUUGAAGUGAUAGAUUUGAGUUUCAAUUAUUUCAAUGGAGCACUACCACCAGUAUUCCAUGCAGGAUGUUCAAAAAUAAUUCUAUCCCAAAACAAGUUUUCAGGAACACUCCAAUCCUUCUCUGUUGUUGAAUACUAUGCUUUAAGCUUUCUUGAUCUUUCCCAUAACAAAUUGUUUGGUGCACUUCCUGAUAAUUGGAUACAUUUUGAACUUCUAGCCUUUCUGAACUUGGGAUAUAACAAUUUUUCCGGUAGAAUUCCAACGUCAAUUGGACAUUUGGGUUCUCUCCAGACACUGAUUUUGCGAAACAAUAAGCUCUAUGGUGAAUUGCCUGCAUCUCUGAGGAACUGCCGGGGCCUUGGUUUUGUAGAUUUUGGGUUUAAUAAGCUAUCGGGUAAGGUACCAUCAUGGAUUGGGAAAGACCACCUGAAGUUAUACGCACUGAUCCUAAAAUCUAAUAGGUUUUAUGGAAGCCUGCCUUAUGAAAUCUGUCAUCUACAUAACCUUCAUUUUCUGGACUUGUCCAUCAACAGAAUUUCUGGAACUAUUCCUCCAUGCUUUGGUAAUUUUACUGCCAUGACCAGAAAAGGAAAUGAAGUUGGAAAUCAUUUUUACUUAACAAAUUCAUCAGUUCCAUCAAAUGAUACAGACUAUUAUGUCGAUAAUGUAUUGGCAAGGUGGAAGGGCCAAGAGUUUGAGUACGGAAGAAAUUUUGCAUAUCUGAAGAUGAUCGAUCUGUCAACCAAUGAAUUGACUGGAGAAAUUCCCACAGCAAUAACCAGACUUUUAGACCUUAAGGGAUUGAACUUGUCAGUGAAUAGGUUUAAUGGAGAACUCCCACAAGAGAUUGGCCAAUUGAAAGCAUUAGAAUGCUUAGACUUGUCAGCAAACAAAUUUUCUGGUGAAAUUCCUCAAAGCAUGUCUGGAUUAACUUUUCUUGGUUUUUUAGAUCUCUCAAACAAUAACUUUUCGGGAAAAAUUCCAUCUGGGACUCAACUCCAAGGGUUCAGUAUUUCCGCAUAUGAGGGCAACACUGAGCUAUGCGGUAAACCACUCACAAUUACCUGUCCUGGAGACGAACCAACUGAUCACAUUCAGCCUUCAUUUGGUGAGAACGAAGAUGAUGGAGACGACAGUGACUAUCAGAGGUGGCUGUAUGUAAGUGCAGUGCUUGGUUUUAGCACCACAUUUUGGGGAAUCAUCGGAAUAUUAGUACUAAACCGUCGUUGGAGACAUGCAUAUUUUCUGUUUUUGGACAACUUGAAAGAGAGAUUAAUUGUUGCCAUGGCUGUCCGCAUUGCCAGAUUUCAGAGAAAGGCUUAA